AUGGGAUUGAAACACAGGUUUAGAUUGUCAGACAUGAUCCCAAAUGCAUGGUUUUACAAGCUCAAAGACAUGAGCAAAUCCAUCCCCACAACCACACACCAUUCCUCCAAUCACAAGAAGAAAAGGCCCCCUAAUUCCACAGUAGCAGCAGCAGCCACAAGGGCUCCACAGCAGCCAAGGUACUCCUCCUACUUGUCAGGGAAACCGGGCAGAGCUACCAACAACCAUCAUCAUUAUCAGCAUCACAAGCUGUACAAUUCACCUGUGAACCAGAAGGCAUCAGACACUCAGUUUCCUGAUCCACCUAGGAGAAGCAGCAGGAGGAGGAAGGCUGUCUACAAACCUUCUCCUAAGCUGCUCUCCUCCUCUUCUUCAUCGUCCGUUUGCAGCAAAUGCCGUGACAACAACAGUAAUAACCCCACUCUGCUCCAUUCCCCUGGCUACUCCACCUCUCCAUUUGAGUCCUCCCCUGACUUCUGCGGCUCUAUUCUAACCGAAUCCGAAGAUGAAGAUGAUGAUCUCGCCUCGUCUUUCGCCCGACCUCCUAGGUCAUUUGACGAUCAGGUGGUUUCAGCUGCAUGGUCUACAUCAUGUCACUCAUGUAAGCUCAGCUCCUCCACGGCUGACAUCAUCAUCGAUGUGAAUAGGCAUUCACUUGAAAGGAACAACAUCAACAAGGUUGGUAUUCAUGAGCUGGAGAAGCUUCCUCCCAUUGUUACAAAGCCAUCUAGAAUGGAUCAUGUGAAAGCACAAAGGUCUGUUUCUGAUCAAAAGAAAAGGACCAAGUCUAGUCCUUCUCCGCGAAAAUCCACAUCGAAUAAGAAGUACUCUGCCACGGGGAUAAGGCUGAAGGCCAACUCGCCGAGGAGGCUUGCAAGCAGGAAAGUUCAGGGCAGUAGGAAGAGUACUGCUGUCACAUCAUGCUUAUCAGCAGCAGCAGCAGGGAACAGGAUUGGAGAGAGCUUUGCAGUGGUGAAGAAGUCGGUUGAUCCGGAGAGAGACUUCAUGGAAUCCAUGGUGGAAAUGAUAGUGGAGAAUGGAAUCAGGGGUUCAAGGGAGCUUGAGGAUCUUCUUGCUUGUUACCUCUCCCUCAAUUCAACCAAGUACCAUGAUGUUAUAGUCAGGGCAUUUGAACAAAUCUGGUUUCACAUGUCUUAA